AUGACAUCAUAAGCAGUCCUGUUGGCAAUCGGAUUUUUAUUAGUUUUGAGUGCAGCUACUUAUAUGAACUAUGAAAGUAAUGUGAGUACAAUAGAUCAUGGUUUUACAGCUGAUUUUGCCUCUUUCAUUAAAUCCUUUGACACAAAAUACGAUUUCAUUAGAUCUGAUAUAACUUGGUCAACAUAUGGGUAUUAACUAUAAAUAACAAUUAUUUAAGUGGUGCUGAGACAAGACCUACAUCUGCUCCAUCAAAGUAUCCAAUUGUAUUUAUUCACGGAAAUUCAGAUAUUGGAGUAGGUAAUGGUGGAACUGUUGGAUGGUAGACAGGAUUCACUACACUUAUAGAAUAUUUAUAAAAUUAUGGUGGAUAUACUAAGGCUGAUUUGUAUGUAACAACGUGGGGUAAAUUUUAUUAUAAUUUUUUUAGGACCUGCAAAUCCAAACUUAGCAUCCUAAAAUGGACAUAGUGAAAAAUAUGUUAUGACAACUAGAAGAUUUAUUGAAGGAGUUCUUGCUUAUACAAAAGCUAGUAAAGUUAUUGUGAUCGGUCAUUCAAUGGGAGUUACAUUAGCUAGAGCUGCCAUUAUUGGUGGAACUUAUUCAGAAUCUAUGCUAUCUAAAUUCACUGUUGGAGAUCCCAUUACUAAUUCUGUUGCUGCUUUCUUUGGAUUAGCAGGAGCUAAUUAUGGAUUAGUAGAUUGCACAUAUGCAACAGGAUUACCAACUUGUAGUACAUAUAAUGGAUUUUCGCCAUCAUCUUAGAUGUUGUCAGCCUUUAACUCUAAGACUCAUAGAGAAGGUGCUAAAGUUUAUUCAUUCUGGUCUCCCAAUGAUGACAUCAUUAAAUAUAACUGUAUUGUUAACCAAAAAAAUACUUGUAUUGUCCCUGGAAGUGAUGAAUCAGUAAAAUUCUUUAUUUUAAACUUUAGUAUUAAUAAAAUGGAUACACUCACUUUGAUGUAAGAGAUAAGUUUGGAGCUGACAUACUACGUCUUCUUGAAAAAUUGUGA